AAGAGGGGUUUAUCCGCAGCCUUGAUGAGAGAAAGGGAAGAUGAUGGGGGGAGUGUGGGACAGCUCCUGUUUGGUAUUGUUGCUGGAAUUGUGAGUUGCCGAGGUUGGGGCUUAGGGAAGAGUCUUAGUGCCGUUGCUCUUCGACUUUGCAUUGCAUUUUGCGAAACAGAUAUCAAUUUUUUCUACGACGGAGAUCGAGUUUAUGAGGUGUUUGUGUUUACACUUUGUGGGUUGUUUUGGAAGUGAGCUGUGAGUUUCGUCGAGCAGUUGAAGACGAACUGGAUUGUUAAUCUGGAAUGGCGACCAGCUCUGCUGUGUUCCUGGGGGCCAUGAGUGUGUCGCAGGGGGAGCGAUGAAGCAGUGGGUUGAAUUUGGGUUUCUGUAGGAGAUUAUUGGGGGUGAGUUGAAUAUUGUAGUGAAUGUGCAGGUUCCUUCUUUGACAACAAAGUAUAGGAGGCUUGUUCUUAUGGAAAUGAACCUGAUCAUUUCGGCACGAUAGCGGCGCGUAAUAGCGAUAUCUGAAGAAGAAAAUUAGAGUAGAAUUCACUGACUUGGAGACAGAGGAGUUCAAUUGCGUGUUUACAAUGUUGCAUCCUUUAGGGUUCAAGGCAGAGACCGUAUCGUUUUCCCGCUUACUAGACCCAAAGCUCAAUUCGUCAGGCUCAAAUCGUUCCGCCCAUUGCGUGAAGUUGAAUGUCCAAAUUGUGUUUGCUGAGUUAGUGCCGACAGGGGAUGAAGGAGAUUAUCCGGGAAGGUACUAUGAACCUCUCCCCAUGCCUAACAGACGGUCAACCGCGGAGCAUCUGGCCACAACAAUGCACAAAGUGCCAGCCAAGUACAAGAAGCGGCAAUUGAACGCUAACCAGGAGGUUUGGACCCCACGGGAAGUCGUGAGCCGGGUGUUGGCCUUGAACCACUGGGAAGACAUCGACGGAGUACUAAAUUGUUGGCUUGGUCGCUUCAACAGGAAGAAUUUUCCUGCCCUUAUUUCGGAAAUCACGAGAACAGGGGCGUUAGAGCACAGUCUCCGUGUUUUUAAUUGGAUGAAAAACCAGAAAUGUUACCGGGCUCGUACCGACAUUUACAACUGUAUGAUCUGGUUGCAUGCCAGACAUCAGCGUGCAGACCAAGCGCGAGGUCUCUUUUAUGAGAUGAAGGUUUGGAGGUGCAAGCCGGAUGUGGAAACGUAUAAUGCGUUGAUGAAUGUUCAUGGACGGGCUGGACAAUGGCGUUGGGCACUGCAAAUUUUUGAUGAUAUGUUACAGGCCCCUAAACCUAUAGCUCCAAGCCGAAGUUCUUACAACAACCUGAUCAACGCAUGCGGCAGCAGUGGUCAAUGGUUUAAAGCUUUAGAGAUAUGCAAGCGCAUGACAGAUAACGGUGUUGGUCCAGACCUCAUGACGUACAAUAUUAUCCUCUCUGCAUUCAAAUCUGGAGGUCAACCCCGUCAUGCAGUUGCAUAUUACGAUCACCUCAUCUCAAAGAAAGUACCUCUUGACCGAUACAGCCACAAUAUAAUACUGAAUUGCCUGACAAAACUAGGGCGUUUCGAAGAUGCGAUCAAUCUCUUCAAAGAAAUGAGGAAGAUGAAUGGAUGUGAACCAGAUGUUGUUACUUUCAAUGCUCUUUUACAUGUAUAUGCUCUAUGUGGGCAGAUUACAAAGGCCCAGGAAACUUUUGAUAUGAUGAUUGGGGAAGGUAUGGCUCCUACGAUAGUAACAUUUAAUACUCUUUUAGGAGCUUAUGCGUCUCAGGGAAUGUAUACAGAGGCUCUUCAGGUGGUUGGGCUCCUUGUGAAAGCAAAAUUUGAGCCAGAUGUGGUUAGUUACUCCUCCCUGCUUAAUGCGUUUGGCAAGGCUGGCUAUCCAGAAAAGGCUCAAGAAGUUUUUGAUCUUAUGAAGCAGAGAAGCCGGAAACCGAACCUCGUUACUUUUAAUGGCCUGAUGGAUGCAUAUGCAAGUGCUGGGAAGUACGAGCGAGCUCGGGAGCUUCUGCACGAUAUGGCGGAAGCUAGAAUUGAACCUAAUGUCGUCACGAUAUGCUCAUUGUUUGCAGCAUGUGCACGAGCUCGGUGCCCAGAGAAAGUGAGAGAUGUAUUUCAUGAAGCUAAGGUACGGCAAAUAGCGUUGAAUGUCCCUGCUUUCAAUGCAGCCAUUACAGCGUACAUAGAAGCAGGACAAUUUGAUGAAGCUAAGGCGCUCCUUGAAGUCAUGGAGGAGCAAAAUCUUCGACCAAACGGUGUCACAUUUUUACUUCUUAUCAAUGCUGCUGGAAGUUUGGGAGAUUACCGAGAAGCAAGAACUUUAUAUGAUAAAAUGGUUGAUCUUGGCAUUCCUUUGACUGUGGAGCCCUGCUCAGCUCUUAUUAAUGCAUUCGCCAAGCAUGGCAUGUACAAUGAAGCACGUACAAUAUUUGACGAUAUGCGAAAGGCUGGAUGUAAGGCAAAUGUAGUUACAUAUACGAGUCUCAUGAUUGCGUACAGUAAUGCUGGAAUGUACGAUGAUGCUCAAUUGGCAUGCGAGGAGAUGGUGGCAGCAGGGAUAACUCCCGACUCGAUCGCAUUCGGAACUCUUUUUGUUGCCUUAAACAAAGCCAACCGUUCUGAAAAGGUUCUGCAGAUUGAAAAGAGUUCGCGAGCUCGGGGAAUUUUAUUUGAUGACGUUGCCUACACAGAAACGUUGUUGGCUUGCAGCAGGCUAAAAGAUUGGGAAACAGCUCUGUUCUUGUACGAAGGUAUGAAAAAGAGACGGUUACGGCUUACAAAUACUAUGGUGAUAAAUCUACUUUCUGCUGUUGGUAGAAGCGGAAAACUUGACCGAUUACACAAGGUCUUUUUGGAGCUACAACAACAGAUUGGGUUUGUGCCAACAUUGCAAAUGUACAACAUUUUGAUCGAUAGUUACAGCAGGGGCCUGAAGUGGCGGAAGUGUCUCGAGGUUCUGGGGUGCAUCAAGAAAGAUAUCUUGGAGCCCAAUUGGAAAACCUACGAACCUAUACUGUCGUGCUUGAGUCAACUAGAGCUUUGGGAGACUUAUCUCGAAAUUUAUGGGGAGGUUUUGGCGCAAGGGAUGGAACCUGAUUACAAUAUUUUGAAAAUAUCAGUAACGGCAUAUACGAGUUUAGGCAUGGAGGAGGAAGCCUCAUUGACAGAGGCUCGUCUGCAAGGACUGCGGCGAGAGACCAAGGGAGCGGUUAGAGGGGAUGUAAAGUUGCUACGUCAUUAAAAUGUAUAUUUUGUGUUUCCAGGUUUAUAUUUGGGCGGGCACUAUUCUUUUAGUUUUUAGUUUUGAAUUUUCUGCAACACUUGAUCACCCCUUGAGUCUCUUUAGAGAUCGUUUUACUCUUCGGUGCCACUUUUGUAUUCUAUUCAAAAGAAUAGAUAUCUACGACAUAUUUCCUCCACACCAAA